AUGAGCAAGACAAACGAGAGUGAUGAAAACGCCGAAAAGGCAUCAGAGAGAAACAAAGUACCAGGAGCCACUAUCUAUCCAUUACCAGACAUCGGCAUGUGGACUGAAUUCGAAAAAAUAGCACCUUACCUUGAGGAGAUCCAUAUGUUCUUCAAACCUACGGACUUUGAAUACCAUGCUCGGGUCUCUAACUUAUUGCCGAUGGUCACGGAUGGUAGACAUGUCGAAGGAGGUGGUGCUAAGGGUAAAUCUCAACCCGGAGGAGGCAGAGAUGGUAAAAAGAUGACUACAGCAUCAAGCAUUGCGGUUGCACCGGCUUUCCUAAGUUCUUUGAAAUGGCAGGAGAAGAUAAUGACCGGUAAAAACGGUCCCUUAUACAUGCUGAUCGAUUCUUUGGAGACGAAAUUCGUUCUCAUUGAUUUCCACUGGAUGCCCAAGCCGCACCUUACGGCAUCAGAAUUGCCCGAUAGACGAGGCGUCUCCAAUCCCUCGUAUUUGACCGUUGAGAAGUAUAGCUUUUUCGAAAGGUCGAAUGACCACGAACCUGCAGUUGCGUCGAUUCAAACGUUUUCCUCUGGUGCAACGAUCUUUGAAGCCGAACCCGGGAGACAUCUUUACCGCAUAUUUUUAGACGCCGAAUGUUCCUACUUCAUCAGAAUCUUAUCAGACACUAUUUUCCACCUUGGUGAUCGGUUUAGGGUACAGGAGCUGAUGUCCUUCGAGUCAGACAGAUUUGAGGCCAUUGCGAAUGACAUCAGCAGCAAAAUGAGCGUGGCUCUUCAAGCAUUUGGUAAGCCGGAAUAUGUUGAUCACCUUCUAGUCUUGUACAAGAGCUACAUGCCGAGUGACGUUGACCUGCUCGAGUCAAACUUGAAUAAACAAGUGAGGUCGAGUAUACACGAAACGUUUCUCAGAGAAUUGGGAAUACUGGUUCAAGACUCGUUUCCAACCGUAACCGAUAGUGCCAUGAUUUGUCGAGCACUGAGAGUGUUCUUCAUGAAUCCAGAAAUCGGUAUUGUUAUAGGAAAUUCAAAAGAACAGUAUCGGUCAAACGAAGAGGAAUGCGAUGACGAGGGCGCUGAAUUAACGUUUUACGACAGAGCGGUCGUCAGAAUACAAUCUUUCUUCAAGAUGGUGCUGAUCAGAAUAUACAAAAGCAUGCACUUUUCAUCGCACAAUAAGCACUCAGAAAUUGCACAAAGCCUGCGAAAAGUGGUCGAGUUGUUUGACUACUCGAAACGUGAGUCAGCCGCCCGUUUACUGGUACGUAAAGUAAUCUCGAGCCUCCCAGCCGAAAUGAGGACUCUCUUAUACCCUUGCAACAAGGACCUCAGCCACGUGUUGAACAUCGACGAGUGUCGAGGCGUCUUGCGAAACGUUCAACCAAACCAGUGGGUCCCGAUUCUGAGGUUUGUUGUCAACGUGCCAAAACCGGGUGAUCGAGUCUUUGCAGCCAUGGACCUCGUUACAAGUUUACCAAGAUACUUACUCAGGGUUGUGAAUAAUGAGACGCAACGCGAGAUCGUGAGGAUCGGGAGCACCGUAGCCACAGCUCAUUACCCGUAUGUCAAAAGCGGAUACACUGUCAUCGGUUACGGUUGGAGUGGUGGAAACUGGUUCAAGGAACUCAAUUGGCACUUCCGUGUUGCGACCAUCAAGGGUGAGCCAAUGUUCGGCUCGGCGGUCAGCAAGGGGAUGAAACCACCAAGUCUCCUGGUCCAGGAAUUGUCUAACAUCUAUGUGCCAAACGUUGGAGAUAUAAUCGGAAAAUGGAUCGUCAAAGUCGGUACUGACUCACUAAUCUCAUUCAGACUUUCAACGUCGUACAGUCUUGUUGAAAGCGUUCUAAAAGUCUUCGACAGGGACGACAGAAUAUUGUACGAGGCAACUGGUGGCUCUGUUCUCAUUUUACCAUCCGUGCUGCUUUCUCAUGUCGAAAACCGAGAGAGUUCCGAUGGUAGCAUCCUGCAGCUCUCGCACUCGGAAGAAGGUGGAGAUACCACGAGGACACGGGGUCGUUCGAAAUCGCUCAGUCUUCAUUCCGCUAAGGACGUUGACGAAGGUCCAACUGAGUACUAUGUUCGCGCUUACGUUACAAAUAAUUCCUGGCCGUUGAAACCGUCCGAGUGGGUUGUUGCGAAUGAAGUCAAGGCUAGAGGGACCGUUUAUGAUCCACGAUAUGGCAGAACCUCCACAUCCUCUGUACUGAAACGUGGAACCAGGAACCGGGCGUCGGCGUCGGAACGGGGAUCUGGAGACAGAUUUGAAACUGGCGUGACCAUGGACGGUUCUUCAUCUGUGAUGCUGCAGCAUCCAUCGUGUAAGCUACAAGUCCUAACCGACGCUGGAACAAAAAUUCAGGUAGUGGUUAAAAAAAAAAAAAAUAGUAAAUAUAGGGACGACAUGAUAGUAUGUAUUAGGUACUACUUGGUGGGCUACAAUUCUGAUUUUGUUGCUCUGAUUCUUCCACUAAUAAACGAGGAUAGUUUUGGGGUAGAGCAAGACAAGCGGCGAGAAACUGAGAUUACAGUGAUGAAGAGGUCAUGGGAAGAAUCAGAGCCAGGUCGUUUGCAGCGAGGUCGUUCGCUGCGGGAAUCAUUCCUGGAAGCGAACUGCGUGGAUUUAACGUUAUCAUCUGGAUCAGAAAUGCUGGACUCCGGUUCAUCCGGGGAUGAAGAAGGACUUUUAUCGAAUCUGGCAGCCGAAGAGACCCGAACCCUGAAACCGCCACCAAAUCCUUCGCGGAUUCUUCCGCCCUGGAACAUUACGGCAUACGUAUCAAAGGACGAGGAAGAGGAGGAUCGAUGGGUGAAAACUGAGGAUGAUGAAGAGGUCCUGAGGAAUCAGCGCGCCAUUUACUCCCUCGACUUCGAUCAGGCGAGAGCCUGUCGCGUCGAGGAAGACGCGGAAAUGAUUCGAGAGCAGCGACGCCGCUAUUCCGAACUCUUUAAUUCUUACGCGAGGAAAGUCGAGGAGUAUAAGAGCCUCGGGGAUGUUGCGACCGAGAUGAGAAAGUUUUAUAUAUCUGAGAUGAAACCCGCGUCCCCAAAUCGAGUCGGUAAGAACACCGAGGAUACGAGUAGGAAGAAAAAGAAGGUAAAGUAA